AUGGCGCGGCAGUUGCCGGGGUCGAACUACAUCGGUCAUUUUUUUGAUUCGACCGAUGGCUCGUUCAUAUGGACCCACAACUCGCAUCCCGUUUUUCGUUGUUGCCUUGAUCUGCCAUCGUUCAGGUCGUUCCACGGCAUGCCCUCGAGACUCGGAACGUGUUCGGUCUCGAUGUUGACAAUCGUGUUGGCGACAUCGAAAAAGAUCUUGAGGUGCUUUGCGACGUCGUGGUCGGCGCUUGCCACUGCAUUCCUUUUGCACAGCCUCAUGACGUACUCGUGGUCCGCGCGCAGUGUAACUUGUUGCUGCUCAUUGGUCGAUAUUGGCCACACGAUCGCCUGCACAACCGCCAUUAUCUCGCCCGUCGUGUCGGUGAUGGACCGGCUCCAAGACCUGCUCCAGUUCGCCACCGGCAGCCGCCGCGUGCCGGUUGGCGGCUUCGCGCAGCUCGUCGGCUUCAACGGGGGCAAGCACCUGUUCACCCUCGCCCGAGGCGCCCACCUGAAGCCGCAGUCGCUGCCGACGUCUCACGCCUGCAUCUGCACGCUGGACCUGCCCCCCUGGGACAGCUUCAAGGCUGCGAGAUGCAAGCUGCUCCGGGCCACGGAGGCCGGCGGCGGCCGCUUCGACGAAAGCACGGGCGCCGCGCCCGGUGGCGGAGAGGACGACCAGGAGUAA